AUGUCUGAAAGUACAAAGGACGCUUUUUCCCAAGACGGGCUUGAUUUGCAAACGCUGUUUGUGAGGGCAAUUCCAUUUGCUGUUACUGACGAGCAGUUGACUGAAUUUUUCGCGAACUUUGCACCCACGAAGCACGCGGUUGUUGUCAAGGAUGUCAACAAGAAGUCCAGAGGGUUUGGGUUUGUGAGUUUUGCGAGCGAGGAGGAUACUAAAGAAGCUCUUUUGAAAGCGAGAAAGGAAAAAUUGAACGGUCAACUAUUGAGAGUGGAUAUUGCUAAGAGAAGAGAGCGUAACAAGAGGAAAGAAGAUGCCUCUAACGGUAUUGCUGCCCCCAAACCAGAACACAAAGAGAAGAGAACAUAUGGUGACGAGGAUGAUCAGUUCAAGGGUAAACCUAAAUUGAUCAUUAGAAAUAUGCCGUGGAGUUGCCGUGACCCAAACACAUUGAAAAAUAUUUUUGGUAGAUUUGGUACUGUUGUCGACGCACACAUUCCUAGAAAGAGGGAUGGUAAACUUUGUGGAUUUGCCUUUGUUACUAUGAAUAAGAUCUCCAACUGUAAGAACGCUUUGGAAAACACUAAGGACUUGAAAAUAGACGGUAGACAAGUUGCCGUCGAUUUUGCUGUUCAAAAGAACAGAUGGGAGGAUUACAAGGACGCCAAAACAGAAAAUAAAGAGGAUGAUAAUGAGGAGGCUGAAGAAACUUUGUCCAAGAAGAAGCGUAGCCAAAGUGAAGAAUCUACAUCUGAUUCAGAUGAAGACAGCGAAGAUAGCGAAGAAGACAGCGAAGAUGAAGACGAGGAAGCCGAGGAGAAGAAAUGGGAGGCCAAGAAAUCGGCCGAUGGUCCGAAAAAUAUGAGGGAGGAUUAUUCCAUCUUUAUCCGUAACGUUCCUUACGAAGCUACUUCUGAAUCUUUGGCUGAGCAUUUUGCCAAGUUCGGUCCAGUAAAGUAUGCUUUGCCUGUUUUCGAUAAAGAAACAGGUCUGGCUAAAGGUACUGCCUUUGUUGCCUUCAAGGAUGAGACCGCCUAUAAAUUUUGUGUCGACCACGCACCAGCGGCUGGGACGACCUCGCUGUUAAUUGAUGAUGAUGUCAUGCCCGAAUACGUCUAUGAAGGUCGUGUGUUAUCUGUCACACCAACGCUACAAAGAGAGGAGGCCAAUUUCAGGGCCGAAAAGAAUGCAGAAAAAAGGAAGGAGUUCCUCGGCAAAGCCCCUGGCGAGCGUGACAGACGUAACCUAUUUCUACUGAAUGAGGGUAAGGUGACAGAAGGUUCGAAACUUGGGCAGUUAUUGUCGACCAAGGACAUGGAAAUUAGGGAGCAAUCGUACAAAUUAAGAGUGGAACAGCUGAAGAAGAACCCAUCUCUACAUUUAUCUUUGACAAGAUUGGCUAUCAGAAACUUGCCAAGAGCUAUGAAUGACAAGACAUUGAAGGCUUUGGGUCGUAAAGCUGUAGUUCAAUUUGCAACCGAGGUGAAGAACGGUGAAAGGCAUCCUCUAAGUCAAGAAGAAAUUGUGAGAUCUACCAAGGAGAAAUAUAAACUUUUGUCACCUGAUGAAAUCACACAGUUAAAGAAGAAGGACAAGAAACACGGUAUUGUCAAGCAAGCCAAAGUUAUCAUGGAGGUGAAGAACUCGACCGUUGGUAGAAGCAGGGGUUACGGUUUCAUUGAAUACAAGGACCACAAACAUGCAUUGAUGGGUCUCAGAUGGUUGAAUGUUCACGAGGUGACACAAGCUGAAGCAUUAGAAGGUUUAACCGAGGAGGAGAAGAAGAGCAUCGACUACGAUGGGAGUAAAAACAGACGUCUCUGUGUAGAGUUUGCCAUUGAAAAUUCCAAUGUAGUAAAAAGAAGAAGAGACAAUCUCACCCAAGCGAAGGCUAACGCUAAGAGGAAAUUGGAGGAAAAGGAUGCUCGCGGGAAAUCAGACGAAGAGUCCAGUAAAAAACAGAAACUCGAGGACGACUCCAAGAAAGACGGGAUGAACUCCGACAUCAAGAGACUGAUUGGGAUCAAGAGGAAGAGAAAGCAAGGCAAGAAAUGA